AGAGUUCAACUAGACGGCAAUAACGGACAAAGAAAAGUCACAGAGUUAUUCAUUUUGAAAAAAGUUGUGCCGGGUGCUGGCUGGUAGUAAGAGAAAGCCCAAGCAUACAAGACAGGAACAGAAGAAUACAAAAAGGACUACGGUUGACACAAUCGACAUCUUGCAAGCCUCCCCCCGGUAUUCUCGACAUAAUAAUACGAUUAUUGUUAAUGCUGCCCACCGCUAACCCAACGAGAACGACUGCUGCUGCUGCUGAUCCUGGCAUUGAUGCUGAUGCUGAUGCUACGCCUGGCUUAAUGUUUGCACAAUGUUUUGAAAGGCGACAACCUCUUCCGUAUAUUGUUGGUGUUACGACAAAAGGCUAAAAGUUAAUUGCCUUAUAGUGACGGGCUAAGGGGGACUAUAGUAGUAUACCUAAACGUGAAAAAGGAGGACAAUAAAGGACCAAAAGGACAACGACAAACUUCAAGUGGGUGGCUUUGGCUCAGCUCUGGGUUGUUGUUGGUUGGGGAGAAAGACGAAACAACUAAUUUCUGUGUUUUGUUCUUGUGUGUUUAUCUCCUUCUAAACAGCAGUUUUUGCAACUCAAGUUGCGGUGAGGUGUGGUGCGGUGCGGUACGGUUCGGUAUAUAACGGUACGGUGUGAUGGUGUCCUUGAGCAAAUUGGUUGUCUUUCGGUUAUGUUUGUUGUUGUUGCCUCAGUGAGAAUUGUUGUCGUGCGAGAUAUUAUAUUUAAUGCAACCGAAGGCAAAGGAGACGAACAAGGACUUUUGACGUCGUUGUCGUCGUCGCCGUCAUCUUCGUCGUGUAGAGGAAAUGUUAAUAUCCCUUAAUAGGGAGAUUAUUGGGGAUAAUGUUUCCGUAUAAUUGCUGGGGAUAUUCGCGUAAUUGAAAAUUAAUAUUUGAAAAUUUGUGAGCACUUUGGGGCGUGUGGGCGCAACAAAGAGGUGUAACUCAUUCCUCUUUUACUUUCAUAGAUAAAUAUAUAUACUAACUCAUAUCUUCACAUACAUAUACGUGUUUACCUAGUUAUAAGAGAUAUUUGUAACUCAAAGUGAAAUGUGGCAAAGUGCUUAUUAUAAAAUGCGUAUAUGUGAGAGUGUUGAAGAGAAAUUAUAGAGAGUUGUGUGUUUUGUUCCAAAAAGGCAGCCGUCGUUGGGCUUAUAGAAGACGCGAGUUAAUUAAAUCACUAGGUUAACUCGCUCUGAUAAUUAAAAGGGGAGACAAAAUUUCCUUCCAACACCAUAUCGAAUACCUCCUACCUCUCCUGCGUGCCAUAUAAUAAAGUUGGAAAAUCAGAAAAUUGAAACUGAAAUUCCAAUCAAGAACACAAGAACGAUUUGAAAUUAGAUUUUGAUGGUGACAGAUCCACAAUCCACCUAACGGAUGUUUUCUUGACAGAUCGUUCCAACACAACACUCAAAACGUGAAAUGUGCAAUUCUUGGCUGCUAACAAUAGUUAUAAUUGGAUGCUUAUGGAAUUCCCAGCCUCUAGAAUCAGUGAAAUCAUGUCCAGCCGAAUGCAUUUGUCUAUCUCAGACGCAAGUCCUUUGUAACACUGGCGGACUUGAACAGAUUCCAUUACGGCAAUUGCCAUCGACUGUGGAAAAUCUCGCUCUAACCAAAAACAAUUUCCCAGUCAUAAAACCGGAUUCGUUUGCUGGUCUGCGAGCAUUGAAGAAGCUCUCACUGGAUGGUAAUAACAUAACGAAAAUCAAGCAAUUCGCAUUCAGAGGACUGCCACGUCUGAAAGAGCUUUCUAUCCAAUAUACCCCGUUACAGACGGUUUCACAAUUUGCAUUUGCCGGCCUGCAAAAUCUGUCCACCAUCCUGCUCAGCCAUAAUCAAAUUAUCCGAAUCGAAGGCAAUGCAUUCGCUGGCACCUCCAAUGUUAAAUUAAUUCUGCUCUCCAACAACCCCAUGCUUAGAAUUGAAACGUCCGCCUUUUCUGGCCUUACCAGUGUCGGCCAUUUGAUUCUACCAUCGGGCAUACGCAUCAUCGAACCGGACGCUUUUUACGGCAUGGAUACUGUUGGUUUGCUAAAGCUCUCUUACAUGGAUCUGAGAGAAUUGGCGCCCUAUACAUUCCGUGGCUUAUCGAAUGUACUGCUGCUGACCCUGCAGGAAUCCGACUUGGGUGUCAUCUGUGCGGAUGCAUUCAGCGACCUCAAACAAGUGGAAACACUGCAAAUACUGAACAAUAAAAUUGAUGCUUUCGAGGAGCUCAACAUAACCUACACGCAACAGAUAAAGUUCCUUAAGUUGCAAGGCAACCACAUCCUAGAAACACCCGAUCCAAAUUCAAUUAUCCUGGAUGGUGUGGACAAUCUUUCGCUGGUGAACAACCACUUCCCCUGUGGCUGUCACAUACACACGUUGCUGGAUAGUCCUUUGGUCGAGGGCGCCUACAACCAGAGCGAAUUCUUGUCGAAAAACUUCUGCAUAUCACCGCUGGAGGUGAAUGGCAAAUCCAUGAGCGAAUUGGAUCUGGACGCCAUUGGCAGGUGCCAGGACCAAGUGACAAAGGGCAAUCUCGGAUCAUCUUCGAUGACACUAAAUGUAAAUGAGAUGCUGACGCUGAUAGCCUUGUCGAUUUACUACCUCGCCAUACACACGUUCCACUGGAGGAGGAGGUGGUAUGUGUUGUUACACUCGAAAAAGGAUUGCAUCACGACGAACAAGAAAAAACCGUUGUCUUUUGAGGACGAAGAAGACAUCAUGAGCGCCGCACAUAACAACGACGACGAUGACAACGGAUGUGUUACAAGGACGAUUUGUCGUCCUUGUCGUGGCAGGAGUAGGAGUCAGAGUCGGAGUCGAAGUCGAAUCCACCAUUGUCGUUGCCGGUGCGGCGGAAGUAGAGGUCGAAGCCAUUGCUAUUACCGCUGUCACUGUCGUCUUCUUUGUUGUGCAGCAGGUCGUCCUCCCAGCUGUCAGAAACUUUCGAUGAAUAUAAAUAAUAGUGGAUGCAUCGUUAAGUUGUAGCAAUGACAAUGCCAAAG